AUGGGAGAGCAUUUGUCGUCGUCCGUCGCGCGGCCGGCGACCCUUCGGCAACGAGCCGUCAACUGGCGCAUUCCAGGCGAGCGAACACCCCUGGAUGUUGCGGGACUGCACGUGUCGGACGAGUUUUUCCCGGCCUUGAACGACCCGCACCUGCUGCGCAUCGCGCGCGCGCUGCUCGAUGCCGAGUCCGGCAUUCUGGCGGCGCGCAUCCGGGCGUUCAACAAGACCAAAGCCGACCCAGAUGCAUCGACCGACGCCAAGCGGGCCACCUUGCACGAUGCGGAAGCGGCCUACGCGAAGAUGGAGCAAGUGCGCAGCGGCGCGCGGCGCGUCGGCACGCAGUACUUGAAGGGCCGACACAUGCUGCACUUCUGGACCGACCAGUACAAUGCAUGGUCGCGCCGCCUGGCCGAUGCAGAGCGGCGCGCCGGUGUUAAGAUGGACGGGCACAUCAUGGACAUGAAUGCCCUCGGCGACGACAUUGUCCAGGCCGCCGCGGCGUCCCCCGUGCAAUUGGACGAGGAAGUGGAGCGGCUCCUCGAAGAGCGCUGGCUGCGGUUCGAGGUGUUUGCACAGAUGGCGGGCGACGCGGUGCCGAAGCUGCAUUUGGUUCCGACGUGGGACGACAUCAAGAAACAAAUCAGUGCUGCGCAGGGUCUGAAACCACCAAAGGGGCUACGCAGCCAAAGCACCCUCUUGUGGCUCAUCAUGGUCACAACCGUGUCCAACACGGUGACGUUUGCUCUCUCGUACAACUACUCGUCGCAUACCCCGGGCGCAUGGAACGAGGCCGACUUUUGGGCUCUCAUCCAACAGGCCAUCACCCAGCUGAUCGGUCUCGCCAUCACCAUUUUCCCCUUGUUCAAGAACAAGCACCUUACCCGCUGGGCAUGGCAGGCCCCGAGCGUUGUCGUGAGCUGCCUGACCAUCGCGUCCAUCCCCCUCUACCUCUACGCCCCGACGGAAUGGAGCUCCUGUACCAUGCUGGUGGGCGGAGCCAUCCAGACGUUUCUGACGCUGCAGCUGGCGAUUCUUGGCGUGGAACAAUGA